AUGGUUAGAGAUGUUUUUAAUUCAAAUCCUCGUGCUGACCUAAAGUUACGAAUUAUUGGAAAAAGAAAACAUGAUGGUAGGACAUAUAACCUACCAACUGCAUCUGAGGUUGCCGCUUUAAUUGUAGGAGACAUUGGUGAUUUUAUUGAUAACAGAGACAUUGUAGUGCAAACUUCGUCUAGAGCUAUACGUCGUAUCAGUGAAUUACAUCCUUCUUACCUUGCUCUACAAUAUCCUCUACUAUUUACAUAUGGUGACGAUGGUUAUAGAGUUGACAUCCCCCAUAGAGGUGUUACGUCUUCGAGCAAUAGCAAGCGUCCGAACACUACAAUGAGGGAAUUUUUCGCUUAUAGAAUUCAAGACAGGGAUAAUUAUUUUUCAUUGAUUUUGAAUUCAAGAAGGCUUUUUCAACAGUUUUUGGUAGAUGGUUAUACAAUGAUUGAAAGCGAGAGAUUAUAUUACGUACGAAAACAACAAAAAGUUCUCCGAUGUGAAUCUUAUGAGAAUUUGCGUAAGUUUCAAGAUCAAGGGAACAAGAAUAUUUUGGAAUUGGGCCAACGGGUUAUAUUACCUUCUUCUUUUACUGGCGGUGCAUGUUACAUGAUGCAAAACUACUUAGACGCCAUGUCGCUUUGUAAGUGGUUUGGAUAUGCUGAUUUUUUCAUAACAUUUACAUGCAAUCCAAAAUGGCCAGAAGUUCGAAGAUUUCUUAAAGACACUACUCUUAAUCCAGAGGAUAGACCUGAUAUCCUAUGUAGGUUGUUUAAGAUCAAACUUGAUGCAUUGAUUAAAGACCUACGCGAAAAUGCAGUAUUUGGCAUGGUUCAAGCAGCUGAGAUUCCCGACAUUAACCAAGAGCCUGCUUUGUAUAAACUUGUGAAGGAGUUCAUGAUACAUGGUCCAUGUGGUGCUCAAAAUGUUAAUUGCCCUUGCAUGGUGGAUAACAAAUGCUCUAAAAACUUCCCAAAGAAUUUCUCUGAACAUACUUCAAUUGAUCAGAAUGGUUUUCCUGUAUAUAGGAGAAAAAAUGAUGGAUCUUUUGUUGAAAAAUCUGGUGUCCAGUUAGAUAACAGAAAUCUUGUUCCAUACAACAAAUACGUGUUGAAACGAUACCAAGCACACAUAAAUGUUGAAUGGUGCAAUAAAGGAUCUUCCAUCAAGUAUUUAUUCAAAUAUAUUAAUAAAUGUCCUGAUAGAGCAACUGUUGGUUUUGUACAAAGCAACAAUGACUGUGAUAAAGAUGAUACAGUCGAUGAGAUAAAAGAAUACUAUGAUUGUAGAUAUCUUUCUGCAUGUGAAGCAUCCUGGCGAAUUUAUGGAUAUGAUGUUCAUUACAGGCAUCCUUCAAUGAUGAGACUUCCUUUUCAUCUUCCAAAUCAACAACAAGUUAUCUACGGUGCAGAUGACGACAUCGACAAUGUUCUCAACAAGCCUUCUGUUGCUUCUUCCAUGUUCACAUCUUGGAUGGAGUGCAAUAAAGUUUACAAACAAGCAAAAAAACUAACUUAUGUUGAAUUUCCAACAAAGUUUGUUUGGAAGCUUGAUUUGAAAACUUGGAAGCCAAGGGAGGUUGGAUAUUCGAUUGGUAGAAUUCAUUCAGUGUCACCUAAUCUUGGUGAAACAUAUUUCUUAAGAAUUCUUUUAAAUAAAGUGAAAGGACCAAAAUCAUUUGAAGAAAUCCGUAUGGUUAAUGGUGAAAUAUGUCCUUCAUUUAGAGAUGCAUGUUAUGCUCUCGGCCUCUUAGAUGAUGAUAAAAAAUACAUCGAAGCAAUUAAGGAAGCAAGUCAAUCUGGAUCCGGUUAUUACUUACGUUUCUUAUUCGCUAUCAUGUUAUUAUUUCACAGUUUAUCUAGCCCGGAUGUUGUGUGGGAAAAUACAUGGGAAUACUUAUCAGAUGGAAUUCUUUACACUCAACAACGAAGAUUAAAAUCUCCAGGUCUAUCACUUAAUGAAGAUCAAAUUAAGAACCUGACUUUGUUUGAGAUUGAACAAAUUUUACUUUGUAACAAUUCAAGUCUCAAAAAAUUUACAAGAAUGCCUUUACCCGAUGUUGAUUCUGUAUCCUCUUCAAACAAUCGUCUUAUCAGUGAGGAACUAGAUUAUGACAUACCGAAUUUAAAGAACGAGUUUGAACGGCUUUAUAUUGCAUUAACAUCCGAGCAACGAAACAUUUUUGAUGAUAUCAUGACUGCAAUAAAUAAUAAUGAAGGAGGUGUUUUCUUUGUCUACGGUUAUGGUGGAACAGGUAAAACCUAUCUUUGGAAGACAUUAUCUGCUGCAGUUAGAUGUAAUGCUCAAAUUGUUUUAAAUGUUGCGUCAAGUGGGAUUGCUUCUUUAUUAUUAACCGGUGGUAGGACUGCACAUUCACGGUUUAUAAUUCCUUUGGUUCUUACCGAGGUUUCUAUUUGUUCGAUAUCACCAGAUAGUGAACUCGCCAUUUUAUUACGAAAAACCUCAUUAAUCAUUUGGGAUGAAGCACCCAUGAUUCACAAGCAUGCAUUUGAAGCUUUAGAUCGAACUUUGAAAGAUAUAUUCAAGUGUGAUGAUUCUAGAAACUCAAAUUUGCCAUUUGGAGGGAAAGUGAUUGUUUUUGGAGGAGAUUUUAGACAAAUUUUGCCUGUUAUCCCAGCUGGUAGUAGACAAGACAUUGUCAAUGCUUCCUUAAGUUCAUCAUAUUUAUGGCAACAAUGCAAAGUCUAUCAACUAACCAAGAAUAUGAGGCUAACUGUCGGAAGUCAUACAUCUGCUAUUCAAAAGACAAUGGAUUUUGCAAAAUGGCUUUUGGAUAUAAGAGAAGGGAAACUUGGUGGUUCUAACGACGGCGAAGCAAUUAUUGAUAUUCCAUAUGAUAUUCUAAUUAAUGAUGCUAAUGAUCCUAUAGGUUCAUUAAUCGAGUUUGUAUACCCUUCAAUUCUUGAAGCUUCUAGCAUUCCAAAAUAUUUUCAAGAAAGGGCAAUACUUGCUCCAAAAAAUGAAGUUGUUGGAAAAAUAAAUGAUCGUUUGCUAAAAUUAUUUCCAGGAGAUAAAGUCGAAUAUCUAAGCUCAAAUAAACUAUGUGAAUCUGAGUUUGUCCAUGAUCACUUUGAUGCUAAUUUAUACUCACCAGAUGUUUUAAAUGGUCUUAAAGUCUCAGGACUGCCUGAUCAUAAGUUAGUUUUGAAAAUCGGGGUUCCAGUUAUGUUAUUGAGAAACAUUGAUAAAAAAAAAUGGCUUAUGUAA